CCCAGUGUGUUCACACGGAGCUCACUCUACCCUAUAUAAUAAUGCUGAUCCUUUAACUGAGAGAUCGUUACGACGGUUAAUGUCACAAUGGAGCUGGGACUCACAGGGAUAUUACUUCUGGUCACCUGUGUCACCCUCCUGAUUUACCUAAUCACAUGGAGGGGCAAAACGAAACCAGAAAAUGCACUCCCAGGGCCCAAACCGUUACCCCUGCUGGGUAAUAUAAUGGACCUGGACAUGAGAGAAAUACCCCGGGACCUGGUUAAGUUGAGUAAGAUUUAUGGACCUGUGUACGCACUUUCUCUCGCCGGUCAAUAUUCAGUGGUUUUUACCGGGUACGACACAGUGAAAGAGGCUCUUGUGGAUCACAGUGAUGCCUUUAGUGACAGGGGAAACCUGGGCCUGAUUGAAUUGUUGUUCAAAAAUUAUGGGAUCGCAGUGAGCAAUGGGGAGCGAUGGAGGGUGAUACGACGAUUCUCGCUUUCAACUAUGAGAAAUUUUGGAAUGGGGAGGAGAAGCAUUGAGGAGAGAAUUCAGGAGGAAGCUCGUUUUCUCACAGAAGAAUUCAGAAAAUACAAUGACACCCCAUUUGAUCCAUUGCUCCUCCUUGGACAGGCCGUCUCCAAUAUCAUCUGCUCCAUUGUAUUUGGUGAGAGGUUUGACUAUGAAGACAAAGAUUUCAAGAACCUUCUACAAUGUUUCAGAGACCUCUUCACACAGAUGAAUUCAGCCUCCGGACAGUUUCUUCAAGUGUUCCCAAAUAUUCUCAAACAUAUCCCUGGGCCUCACCAGAAUAUCUUCAUCAAUUUCAACAAAUUAAAACAGUUUGUUAUGGAUAAAGCAAAAUCCCACCAUCAGACUUUGGAUCCAAACUGCCCAAGGGACUUCAUAGACAGCUUCCUGAUAAAGAUGGAGGAGGAAAAAAACAAUCCAAACACUGAAUUUCACAAUGGAAAUUUGUGGGGAACAAUGUUGGACUUGUUUGUUGCUGGAACAGAGACUACAAGUACGACACUGAGAUACGGAUUCCUGAUUCUUCUCAAGUAUCCAGAGAUACAAGAGAAAGUGCAGAAUGAGAUUGACAGUGUCAUUGGCCAAGAACGCAGCCCGUCAGUGGAGGACCGGACUAAGAUGCCAUACACAGACGCAGUGGUUCAUGAAAUCCAGAGAUUUGCUGAUAUUGUCCCCACAGGAUUGGUCCAUGCGUCUAGUAAAGACACAACUUUCAGAGGUUAUCACAUUCCCAAGGGAGCCUUACUAUUUCCGGUACUAACCUCAGUGUUAAAGGACUCCAAAUAUUUUAAAAACCCUCAUGAGUUUGACCCUGGUCACUUUCUGGAUGAGAACGGAUGUUUUAGAAAAAAUGAAGCCUUCAUGCCAUUCUCUGCAGGUAAACGUGCGUGUGUGGGGGAAAGUCUUGCUCGCAUGGAGCUCUUUGUCUUCCUCACCACCAUCUUGCAGAUGUUCACACUAAAGCCAACAUUAGAUAAGAAAGAUUUUGAGAUCACACCUGAGCCAAGAAGCAAUGGUGCAAAACCUCGGACUUACAUGAUGUACGCUGUGCCUCGCUGAAAUUCCUUAAUACUAUUCCCUACACCAGGAACCCUUUUGCAGACAUAAAUGUAUUCCUCUGAUUUUGUAAGCAAUUACUGUGAAUUAAAGAAACAUGUUAGAGACACAAACUGUCUCUUGCCAUUAAA